AUGGAGGUAUUCGUCAAACGGUCGUUCACGGGAUACACUGGAGAAUUUGCCCUCAACGAUACGACCAAGGCUGUGAUUGGAGAUGUGGUUGAGAUCUCAGGGCAAGAGACCCCUUACAUUUUCUGGGGCGACGGGACUUUCUCCAUCAUUCGCAUGGUAGUGGACACGUACUCGGCAGAUGAGGACUGGAUAAGAGGCAUGACGACCAUCACUCACGAGUACGCUACUCCUCUCGACUCAUCCUCCUCCUCCCCUUGGAUUGUUAACUUCACCGGUUGCUGCCGAGACAACAGUACCGUGAACAACGUCGGGAUAGCCUGGUCGAUCCUUUCCCAAGUGGAUGUGACAACUCCCGGUGUCUGCCUCAUGCCAUCGUCGUCUGGAUCGACAGGGCCUUGUAACGUUAUCAAGCUCUCGACGUCUUGCGGUCAGUUGGAGGAGCGUGGGGUCGUGGGUGACAUUCAUGGGUUUGAGUGCAGCUGCGUUACGAGCUCGUCCACCAACACAUGGCUCAACCUGUUCCUGGAUGGAACUUUACAGCUGACCUGCCAAGGGAGCUGCCCCACCUUCGGCCUCUACUCCUUCAAGUUUACCAUCACCAACGCGGCGACCUCCCAGUACACGCAGGCUGAACUCUUGGUCAAGGUGCAGGAGAAGCAGUCGUGCCAGUCGAUCGCUGCUGGAAUCCUCUGCGUACCAGGUUUGCAAUAUGACCCGAUUACACAUGCCAUCGUUCCAGGGUCGAACACGACUAUCCCUGGUGCUGAAGGGAACAUGAUCGCGUACAGCGGCUAUCCUGUCCAGUUCAGAUGUUUCGUUGUACAAUCAUAUCUAAAUAUAACAUCGGGUCUUGUCAACAGCUUCAACAUUACGAACAACUGGUGUCAAGAUCAGACAGGAGCUCUCUCAGAUUCAUGGCGGAACGCGACAUGCUUGGAUUCUGACUUCGGUGCCCAGCCUGCCAUCACUGACAUCAAGAUUUCCGAUUCGUCCGAGCAGGAGUCUCUCCUCGCUGCCCUCGGAUAUCACAGGGUGGAUGGGAACCUGAACGAAGGAACAAACGGGAAACAGACGUUCUUGUGGUACAGGAAGAAUUCAGGAGCAAUGGAAUACGACAAGCAAAUUGCAAGUCAGAAGGGAUUAAGAAGAGGAAUCGUUGAGAUCAGAAUUCAAUCGAGGUGA